UCCCCCCUCCUGCCAUGACUCCCCCCACGUGUGUGCGCCUCAGUUCCUGUCCGUGUCUCAGAACGCCCUCUGCCUCCUUGACAUGCCCUCGCAGCCCAGACUCAAGGUGCUCACAGCCAGCAGCAACAGCGUCGCCUCCUUUGAAGGCUUUCCUCUCCUCCCUGCUCUAGAGCACCUGCGUCUGGACGACAACCCCAUAGAGGAAGCCCCUGCGCCUCACUUCGCUGCCAUCCUGCUGGCGGCCUCCUCGCUGCUCUCCUUCAACGCCUCAGCCAUAAGUGAGGAGGAGCGUGGGGCAGUGGAGGAGGCGGGGGGUGGGCAUGGAACCAUGUGUGUGCGCAUGGGGUGGCUGCCAGCUUCCGCUUCUAUUGGUGACAUCCCAGCCUCCCUCGUCUCCUUCCUCGCUGCGUCGUGGGCGCCCUUCCUCCCCACGGGCUACGCCCUCGCCUCGCUGCUGCUGGACCGCCCCAUUGAGGACUGCCCCUGCCACUGCCGCCUGCUGCUCCGGCGCAACAGUGGCGGUGGGCAGCAGGGGGAGGAUUGUGAGGAUGGGGAAGAAGGGGAGGGAGACUGGGAGAGGGAGCGGGAGGGAGGGGAGGGGGAGGCGGAGGGAGAGGGAGCAUUGGAGGCAUGGCCAUCGGGAGUGGUGGUGCGGUAUGAGUGGCUGCGGCGGGGCAAAGGGGCGACUGAGUUCAGCGCGAUCGAUGAUGCAGAGGGGGAGCUGUACACACCCACCUACUCGGACGUGCAUGCGUGCCUGGCGGUGCGCUGCACCCCGCUGCUCCAUGGCCGCCCCUGCACACCCCUCCUGCUCACCACGACGCCAGUCGCCCCCGGUCCCGGCAUCCCGCGAGUGCAGCACGUGUCGCUGGGAGGGGAGGCGGUGGAGGGGGGUGUGCUGACCGCCAUGGUGGAGGUGGGGUGGAGCUCGGGCGAACCGGGGCCCUGCCAGUACAGCUGGAGUCGCCUGGCCCCUUCUCACUCACAGGGAGCAGCAGCAUGGGAGGAGGUGCAGAGUGGGGGGGCGGAGUACCCCCUCUCGCUGCACGACGUGGGGUGUGUGCUGCGCCUCUCCUUCACCCCCGUGUCUGCCAGAGGGGUCAGGGGGGAGCCCGCCUCGGUCACUUCUCUGCCCAUCGCUGCUGGGGAAGGGGAAGAGAAUGGGGCAGGAAUCGGAGGCGGGGAUGCUGUGGUUGGUGCUGGUGGCAGAGGCCAUGUGAGGCUGGUUCCAGUGGGCGAGGGCCCGCAGUACGAGGCACAGGCGGGCGAUGUGGGGCGGUGCCUGCUGCUGCGAUACACGCCAGUCGCCUCCUCAGGGCUGAUAGGAGAGCCCGUGACGGCGCGCUCGCCCAUCAUCUGCUUGCCCCUGCCCCGAGCGAGUGACGUGACGAUCGAGGGGCCGCUGGUGGAGGGCGGGGAGGUGCGGGUGCGGGCGCGGCUGCAGUGGGCGGACGAGGGGCGCUGCGAGGUGGCGUGGUUCUUCACCACCACGCCACAUGCGCUCUCCACGGCCGACUUGCAGCCCAUCACAGCAGAGCGACCCAACUGCAUGUCCCUCACAGUGCCUCUCGAGGCCAUUGGCUCCCACCUGGCGGUGCGUCUGGUGCCGGUGCGGGCGGAUGGGGUCAAAGGCAGGCCCGUGGUGGCUGUGUCCUCUGCUCCAGUCCAAGAGGGCGAGCCGCAGGUGUUGAGUGUGGACAUGGAGGGCGAGGAGGAGGAGGGGGGCGUGCUGGUGGGGUACUACACCUACCAGGGGGGCGCCGAGGGGGACUCCCUGCUCGAGUGGUACCGCUACCCGGACGAGGAUGGCCAGCCGGGGCAACACGGCGAGCUAGUGGAGGACGAAGACAGUGACCGGAUGGCAGGCGGCGGCAUGAGUCGGCACGUGCCAACCGCCAGCGACGUGGGCGGCUUCCUCUCCUUCCGCGUCACGCCCGUCCGAUCAGAUGGCGCCACUGGCGCCCCCCAGGCCGUCUGCACGGCCGGCCCGAUCCGGGCGGCGCUGCCGUCUGUUAGUGACGUGUGGGUGGAGGGCGAUCUGGUGGAGGGCGGGCGGCUGGUGCCCAGGUGGACGUAUGCGGGCGGCAGGCAGGGCAGUACCCGCAUCCAGUGGUUCUCGAUGCUACCCGACAUGAGUGACAAGCGCCGCAUGCACCCUUCCAAGCUCACCCACCCUGCAGCAGCAGGCGCGGUGGGGGGGGAGAGGGGCACGGAGCAGGGCGAAGGGGAGGGAGGGGAGGAGGAGGAGGGGAUGCGGGUGGUGGGGGAGGAGGUGGGGCGCGUGGUGGCGGUGGUGUGCGUGCCGGUGAGGGACGACGGGGAGGAGGGCGCCGCUGUGGAGAGCGCACCUGUGGGGCCCGUCAUGGCAGCGCCCCCAGCCUGCGUGCACCUGGAGGUGGACGGAGACAUGUGGCACGGAGGGCAGCUCUCCUGCCGGGCGCGAUACCAUGGCGGGCAGCAGGGCGAGAGCAGGGUGGCGUGGGUGAGAGUGACGCCCGCAGGAGAGGAGCAGCUGGUUGGGCGGCAAGCCUCCUACACACUGACAGCAGACGACGUAGGGUGCAGAAUGCGAGUGGAGUUCACACCCGUCAGGGCCGAUGGGGUGGCUGGGGAGAUGGCUGCUCUCACCACCCGUACAGUCACACCAGACCAACGCGUGUGCAUUGCAGUGCUGGAGGGGGGCGUGCUGCAGGCGGGAGGGGAGUUGCUGGAGCGCGCUGCAGGGGGGGAGGGCGGAGGGGGAGAGGGCGGAGUGGGGGAGGGGGAGGUGUGGGUGGUGUGGUACAGGCGGAGACAGGACGGGAGGAUGGUGCGGAUAGACGGGGCUACAGGGCUGACCUACGUGCCUCAGGAGGCCGACUAUGGCUGCUGCGUGGUGGCGGGCUGUCGCCCGCGGCUGCCCGAUGGCACGUGGGGCGACGAGGUGCUUUCGGCUCCCGGGCCCAUCGUGUUGCCAGAGCUGUCGGACGAGGAGGCGGUGUCGCUGGAGGUGCAGGGGCGGGCAGAGGUGGGAGCCGUGCUGCACGCCGUGCAUGCCGUGUCGCCCGCGCUGGAGCCCUUCGUCACGGCCGUGCACGUACAGUGGUGGCAGGCCAGCAGUGGCUCUGACUCGCACCAACCAAUAGACGGUGCCACGUCACCGCAGUUACCAGUGGCAGCGUGCCACGUGGGCGCGUACCUGCUGUGCUCCGCCACGGUGCUGGACUCGUUCGCCCGCUCCUUCAACUCCGUCGCCACCACCGCCACCCCCGUUGUCGCCGCUUCUGCCGCUCCUGUCAAUGCCACUCCCAUCUCCGCCACCCCGCUAUCACCAGCCCUUGUUGCUGCGGUCCCUGUUGCGGGUGGCGCCGCCGCUCCCACCACCCCAUGCACUGCGGAUGGGCUGCCUGCCUCUGACCCCGCUGUGCCUGCUCCCCCUGCCGCCGCCGCUGCUGCUGCUGCCGACACUACUGUGAACGCCGCUGCUGCAGGUGCGGAUAAGGCGGCUGGCAUGCAGAGGGCGCAGCAGCAGCAGCAGCAGCAGCAGGAGGAGUACGGUGGUGGUGGCGAGGGGGAGACGCUGCUGGAGGGUGGUGAGAGGGGGGUGCAUGGCGGUCACGAGCAAUGGCGUGCACACAGGAGAGGGGGUGAGCGGGAGGGAGGCCAUGUGGAGGGAGGAGGAGGCGAACGGGAGAGCAGGGUAGGGGCAGAGGCCGCAGCGGCUGAUGGAGCCCUGCGCAUAUCUGGAGGCCCCUUCCACACGUCGCUCUUCCACCUGCACCUGCCAGCAGCGCCCCCCGCCCCCGCAUGGCUGCGCCUCUCCUCCUGCGCCAUCCAGUGGUUCCGCGUGCCUCCAGGGGGCUUCCAUGCGCUGGACCCCCACGCCAUACCAGGUGCCACCGGCACGACCUACCAUGCUGACGUGGCAGACUCACACCAGUGCCUGAUGGUGGAAGUGAGACCCCUGCACGCCCAUGGGGAUGCCUCUCAGCUUGACAGUGGCGCCGCCUCCCAGUCGCAGGGAGGCCGCAGGGAGGAGGUGCUGCGAGUGCUGUCAGAGCAAGUGCUCGUCGACCCCGCAGUGGCGCGCGACGUGGACCUCAUAGUGGCGGCUGGCGGCACCAAAGUGGAGACACAUGAUGUUGGCCGGUCGGGGCGCAGGGAGCACCGAGUGGUGGACGCCAAUAGAAAGCGGUUCAAAGUGGUGAAGCUCACUGCCUUGGCUGCCAUCAGCAGAGUGGAAGUCAGGGCCACCUACGACCCUCCCUUCAGGGUGGAGACGGAGAGGGGGCAGCUCGAGCACAUGCGCAUAGUGGUGAGCACGGAGAAGGAGGUGGAGCUCACCCUGCCGUCGCAGCGAGCGCGCGACGUGAUGGUGCUGUGCCUGCGCGCCUUCGUGCAGCUGCACCGCACCGCCAAGCACCACUGAUGGGGACAGCACCACCACACAACCCCGCACGCUGCUAGGCAACACUACAACAAAGCCACCGUGUUGCACCGUGCAGCACCGCACACACAAGUGUUGCUGGUGAUGCCGUCCCUGCGGCAUGGCCUCAGUUGUGCCAAGGUGGCCGCUGGGCUGAAUAAGCGUCCCAACGCUCCCAGUGCACCGUGCACCAUGCACCAUGCACCAUGCACCAUGCACCAUGCACCAUGCACCAUGCACCAUGCACCAUACACCAUGCACCAUGCACCAUGCACUAUGCCCAUUCUGCUGCUGCUCAUGCAGAGAGGAGCCUCAACGGGCAGGCAUUAGCGCCUGUCCUUGCUCCCCAAGGUCAGAGGGAGGGAGCUUAGGAACAGCCAGAGCAGUUUGAUUGCCUUCAGAUUCAGAUGGAUGUGG